ACGGUAGUGAGGGAGAAAGCGAGACAGAAAGAGAGAGAGAGUGACAGAGAGAGCUAGUGGAAGAGCAAAAGAGAGGGGGAGCUGACAGAAGGAUGUGGGAAACUAUACACUGAGGAACUACUCAAACCUGAAGAAUACUUUUAUGACAACGUGUAUGGGAGGUUGGACAGGGACCACAACCUGUGGAGACAAUGGGCAGCUGCACCCCCCCUGUGCCUUCCCUCAACGUCACCGAGUCAGACAACACAUCAUGGGCCGGGGAGGCUGGCGGCGAACCAGGUUACAGUGAGGUGGAGAUGGUCCUCCUAGGCAUGGUUAUGUCACUGCUGGUCGUUGGCAUCGUGUUUGGCAACAUCCUGGUCAUCAUAGCUAUCUACCGGUUCCAGAGACUGCAGAACAUCACCAACUGCUUCAUCACCUCUCUGGCCUGUGCCGACCUGGUCAUGGGUCUCAUCGUGGUGCCGUUCGGCGCCUGCUACAUCAUCUUCAACACCUGGCACUUCGGCAGCUUCUGGUGUGAGUUCUGGACUGCCACGGACGUGUUGUGUGUGACGGCGAGCAUCGAGACGCUCUGCGUGAUAGCGCUGGACCGUUACCUGGCCAUAACCUCUCCGUUCCGCUACCAGUCUCUGCUGACCAAGUGUAAGGCACGCGUGGUGGUCCUGCUGGUGUGGGUGAUCGCUGGACUCAUCUCCUUCUUACCCAUCCACAUGAAGUGGUGGAUCAGUGAUGACGCGGAGGCGAAGGCCUGCAUCCAGAACAGCAACUGCUGUGACUUCAACACCAACACAGCCUACGCCAUCACCUCCUCCAUCAUCUCCUUCUACAUCCCCUUAGUCGUCAUGGUGUUUGUCUACAGCCGCGUGUUCCAGGAGGCCAAGCAGCAACUACGCAAGAUUGACCGCAGCGAGGGGCGCUUCCACGCCCAUAACAACAACAUCGCAGGAGGAGGAGGGGUGGAGAAUAACAAUGAGAGCCGAGGAGUUGGAGGAGGCUUCAGGAAGACCAAGUUCUGCCUGCGGGAACACAAGGCCCUGAAGACUCUCGGGAUCAUCAUGGGGAUCUUCACGCUGUGCUGGCUACCCUUCUUUGUCCUCAACGUGGUGGUAGCCAUCUGGAAGGUAGGGGACAUCGGACUCGCCUUCAGGAUACUCAACUGGAUAGGUUACGCCAACUCCGCAUUCAACCCCUUGAUCUACUGCAGGAGCCCUGAGUUCAGGUACGCAUUCAAGGAGAUCCUGUGCAUCAAGAAGGUCCGGUUCCCCAACAUAGGGCCUACUAAUGGAUACGUGUACAGUGGACACAGCUGGCAGAGUGAGCAGCAGGGAGGGAGGAGUAAGGGGAGCUCGGAGGACAGUGACCCAGCUGCAGACGGGAGCUCAGGGAGGGGAGAGGCGGGUGGGGGUGGAGCUGCAGACGGAACGGACCCGAACGGGAACUGCAGUAAAGGGUUAACAAUUGUACUUUAAUUAACCCCCUCACCUUGCUAAGGGAAGUGAACAACCUUUGGAACAGACAGACAUGUUUCACAGUUAUCGUCCAUUGUCACUUCACCAAGUCACUGAGAUGAGACUGGAUGGAAGGAUAGAGGGUGAAUGGUGAGCGGGUAGCACAGGUGAGACUAGAUUGAGGACAGGAGAGGAAUUUGUUACAUUUCACCAGUAGGUUUGCAAGUUGAAUGUAUAUUUAGAGAGAGAGAGAUCAUGUAGAUUGUUUCAGCUACCUCACCUUGUUGUUUAAGAUAUCUAUACGUUCUUAUCAUGUAUCAUCUAAAUAUGUCACAUUGAUUCACUGACCACAGAAACCAGACUGGCUCAUAAAUCCAGAAGAUCGUUUUACUCUGUGUCCACCCAUACAUGAAAUAUCAUCAUAUAUCAUCAUGAAUAAUUGGUGAGAGAGAGAGAGAGAGAGAGAGAGAGAGAGAGACAGAGAGAGAGAGAGAGAGAGAGAGAGAGACAGAGCCAGAG